AUCUAUGAGAUGGUAGAAGCCUAAGAUUGUGUAUAAAAGGAGCGCUGCAAUCUGUAGUAAGGAAGGCCAUUCAGAAAGCUCGCAGAUCAGUUUACUCGCCACCAGACAAGUCUUUCGUUAUUCACUAUCAACCAUACCAAGAAGCCCAAAAGCUCCUUCAAAAUGUUCAAGAACAUCGUAACUUACACCAUCUUGGCCGCAGCUCUCGCCAAUGGCGCGCCACUCGUUGACCCCCUUGAGCUUGAUGCCCGCGAUAUCCUUGCACUCAGCGAGCGUGACGUUGAUAUUGCCGCACGAGAAAUCGCUCCACGUGUAGUUACGAACCUGACAGGUUUUGCGGAUUUCGAAAGAUUCAAUGUCAGCGGAACCACUAUUACCGAGCUUGGAUACUAUGGUGGACUUUUCUUCAAAGGCCUCGCCGCUGUCACCAAUGCUUUCCUACCCGCCCUCCAGCCUCGAUCACCGGUGAAUAUUGCUGCAUACGGAGCAGCUACCACUACACUCAACAGCAACCCUUUUAUCACCUCCAGAUUCUCAGGAUCCAAAACCCAGAGUUUUGGGGUGUCGUCCUUCUUCUUCGGCUGCGCCGACGCAGAUGGCACUGGUGCUGUAAGCUGCAGGGUCGCAGUUGCUGGCUACGAUACAUUUAACAGGCUCCUCGCUUACCAGACCCUCACCUUUAACCCCACUGGUACAUCAUCUCCAUUCGCCUUGGCCCCUGCGGUGCUCAAAGGCGCCUUCGGUGCUGGCAUUAGCACCCUUCGAUUGGCAACACAAUACGAUGGUAAUGUCGUCGGAACGACUGCCCUUGACAACAUCAGGUACUCGAUCAUCCAGGACAACUCUACCAUCACCACUCCUACCUCCCCUUCGACCUAAGCAUGAUGUGGAAAUUGAUCAUGGGGCGCAUCCAAUGAAGUUGAAAAUUUGGAAGGCGGAUAGCUGGGUGGACGUUUACUCAAAUGGAGAUACAGGACAAAUGAAUGUCGCGAUGGGCUUCUAGUGAGGAAGACGAACCGGGGACUUCGAAAGCCUAGCGCGUGAACCAACUACGAUGUUACGACGUAUGAUUUAAUUCCCCUCACGUUGCGCCCCUUGCGCGGUUUUCUUUUAAUGUAGACAGGCCAGUCAAUACACUCUUUUCUUU